GGACCGCCUUCCACAACCGGGGGAUAUCCAAUGAGUACAACAUGCGGCCGUCCAAUCUUCCUCCCUGACACUCCCUACACACGCCUCCACGCAUCAAAAUGGCACCAUCAACGCCCAAGCGGCGUCUCUCGCAAGUAUCCGCGCACCUCGCUCCGCCCAAGGACUGGUCCGACAUCAGCGGGCACAUGAGUGCGCUGCACACGAUCGCGCAAACCGCGCCGACGAAAAAUCCCGGCUACGUCCGGCAGAAGACGCGUGGAAAGCUGUGGGUACGCGAGCGCAUCGAACAGCUGCUCGACAAAGAUAGCUUCCGCGAGAUUGGCGCGCUCGCGGGAUCUGUGAAGUGGGGGGACAAUGGCGAGGUGAAGGGAUUCACUCCAAGCAAUAAUGUUCAGGGCGCGGGAAAGGUGGAGGGCAGGAAGGUGCUCGUUACUGCAGACGAUUAUAGCGUUAGAGCGGGACAUGCGGACGGGGCUCUCAUGGAGAAGACGAUAUAUGUCGAGAAGAUGGCGCUGGAGAUGGGAUUGCCGAUUAUCAAAUUGGUGGAUGGAUCCAGUGGUGGAGGGUCGGUCACCACUACCAAAACGACUGGAUACACUCACCUUCCCGCACUAUUUCCCUUCUUCAGCCCGGUGGUCAAGCAACUCGACGCCGGAAUUCCGAACAUUGCAGCACUCUUGGGGCCCUCGGUAGGCCUCGGUGCCGGAAGAGCCAGUAUAUGCCAUUUCUCCGUUUGCGCUGCAGACGUAGGCUUCCUUUUCGCUGCCGGUCCCAAAGUGGUCGAAGGUGCCACCUUCGAGCAGGACCUUUCCUUCGCGGAUCUGGGCGGCGCCCACUUACACUGCUCAAACGGGACGAUCGAUAACCUAGCCGCAUCUGAAACCGAGUGCUUCCAACAAAUCCGGCGUUUCCUCUCCUACGUGCCAUCCAAUGGCACGCGCCAACUGCCACCCACCCACCCGUGCACCGACGAGCCCACACGCAAAUCCCCCUCGCUGAACACCCUCGUCCCGCGGCGCUCCGCACGCACAUUCUCGAUGCACACAGCGAUCAGCAAUCUCGUCGACAGCAGCAGCUUCUUCGAGAUCGGCGCGCUCUGGGGCACGACAGCAAUCGUCGGGCUCGCGCGUAUCUCGGGGUGUCCCAUCGGGCUCAUCACCUCGAACGGGCAAGUAAACGCCGGGGCGCUCGACGCCGCGGGCUGCCAAAAGAUCUCGAAGCACCUGCGUCUGUGCGACGUGUUCAACCUGCCAAUCAUCCAGCUGAUCGACUGUCCCGGCUUCGCGGUCGGCACGGCCGCUGAAAAGGCCGGCACCAUGAGGUGGGGCGUCGAGAUGGCAAAGACUUACUACUCCACGUCAGUUCCGGUAUUCUCCGUCAUUGUAAGGAGAUGCUACGGCGUCGCGGGAGGCGUCAUGUGUGAUUCCCGCCCGGUGCGCAGACGCCUCGCCUGGCCGAGCGCCGAGUGGGGGAGUCUGCCGCUUGAUGGCGGGAUUGAGGUGGCGCACAAGAAGGAGCUGGACGCAGCGGGGGAUCGCGACGAGGCCCUGAGGAGGCUGAGGAAGGUUUAUGAUGCCCUCGGGAAUCCGGUCAGGAGUGCGAAUACGUUUAAUGUCGAGGAGAUGUGUGUCCCGCAGGAUACGAGGGGGUAUCUGGCCGAGUGGGUUACGGAGGUUUAUGAGAGCGUGUUGAUGGAGAGGUUGGAGGAUAGAAGGGCCGGGAAAAUGAGGGUUAGCUUUAGGUAGUACCGUAUAACCAGGUUGGAUAACUUUUCUUCACAUAUCUACAUCUUCUCGCUGUUGGCUGUUGGCAUGGCGUGUGUAUCACUGUGUUCAUCCCCUUAAGAGAUGGCGCGGAAAAGUCUCAUGGACACAGGACGAAAUGAUGAUCCCCAU